AUGAGCGCAGCUCCAGCAAAACUAAAGAAGUUCGACAUCAUCCAGGACAAAGCCAUCUGCUUGAUUGAAGCCUGUGUGCUGACAGCACAGAGCAGCCAAGAGGAUGUGCUACUGCAGACGCUGUCUCACAAUCUGUCUAUCCUGGAGCAGAAGCUGCAGCAGGAUCCUGACUGGACAACUUUGCAGCAGCUGAGGGAGCAGGUGAUCUCUCAGUUCACAUGGCCAAUGAGAUCAGAUGAUGCUGUGUGGAACUUUGUUACUGAGAUAUUGGUGCUGCUCUUGUGUUUAAAGCAGGCGAUGAUUGAGUUGCUUGCACAGUUCACACCCCCAAAACCAAACCCGAAGACCCCAGAGUGUGCGCCGGCACUACCUCCUGAUGCUCUGAGUAUCUCGCAACAAAAAACAGUCCAGUCUGCACUGCAGUUUGUCAUCACUCUUGGGAUCUGCCCUUACCUCUUGCCAGGGGUCGGAACUCCUCUUGGCUGCAGGUCGGAUUUUGCCGCAACAGUUGAGAAGAUGGUUUGUCGCUUGGCAUUUCCCAGCAGAAUGUGGAGGCUUCACGCUGUCACCCUGGCACUCCUCGAGAUCACUCGUCAUCCUUCCUUAGAGAGCCUGGUCCUAACCAGGCACCUUGGAGAUUUGUUAGCCAGCCUCUGCCAACUGGGAUAUUCACCAAACAAAUGUCAACUGAGCUCUGUAUCACUGGAGGGCUCACAGCAGGACAGAGAGAGACAGAAGGGUCUCACUGUUGCUGAGCAGCAGGGCUGCCAGCAGGCUUUGCAGAAUCUACUGGAUCGAGUAUAUCAACCGCUUGUCAUCAAGGAGUUGCUGAUCUUACAGGGAGGAGCAAAGCCGGUGGCGUCUGCGAUGGGGGGAAAAGCACGGACUCUCUCACAGGCCCCAGCCUGGCUGCGACGUCGGUGUGGCCAGCUUCUGUCUGAGAGGCUGAUGAAGCCAUCUGGUGUUCAGGCAGUGGUCAGAGGGAUAGUGGAAGGAGCUGGAGCUGGAAUUGCUGGAGGUCAGGGUGCAGAAGCAGCUGCUGCUGAUUGGAGGAAAUGUGAUACUGUUGCCAGGAUAUUGGCUUCCUGUCCUCAGCAGUGUCUGUCUGUUGCAGAUUACUACAGGCAGGUGUGCCCUCAGGUUCUCGAACUGUUUCACAUCAAGGACAAGCUGACAGCCCGUCAGUUUCAGAGAGUGGCAACGACAACUGUCCUCUCGAUGGUGAAAGAACAACCUGAGCUCGCGGAAAAGUACCUGCUGAGGCCUCUACUCACUCCUCUGAUCUGUUGCUUGGACACUGGAGAAACACAAGAGGGAUCUGAACAAGUGGGAACUGUGAUUGUGGGAGAGCUGGAACUGACCAGAUGUGUGGAGGAUGUAUAUAAGGUCUGUGUGGUUGGCAAUGACCCAAAUUCCAGAUUGUUGAAGUCUCUGAAGACAGUAAUUCCGGCAAUCUUUAGUCUUUACUGUUUCACAAAACGAGGAGUGUCGCAUUUGCGCUCUGGUUGCCAGGAGAUUCUUUUGUGGUUCCUGCAGAAAUCUGAGCCAUCAGUAGCUUUGUUGGUGUUGAGGCAGCUCGCAGGCCUGACACAAUCUAUUCCUGUCCUACACCCACUGUACCACUUUACAGCAGGAAAUGAGGGAGGUGUGAAGCUCAGCGUGAAGGAGGUAGUAAGUGACGAAGAUGAGGCUUUGUACGAGAAAGUGUCCUUGGAGCAGUGGCGGACCGAGUGCCUGGCACAGUUGCUGAGCAACCUGCAGGAGAGCAGCCUUGCUGGAGAUUUCUUCAUCGAGUGUUUGAAGGGUCUUACAUGUUUAGCGGGGGAGGCGGAUAGCAGGCCUGCACCGAGCCUCGUUGAUGGUCUGCCUGAACAGGAGCAGCAGAUGGUCACCUUGCAACUCAUCGCCAUCUUUUGCGAGAAAUUUGGUCACUUCGUUCUCAGCAAUACUGUACAUGUUAUUGAAUUUGUCAUCGCAACAUUGGAGCGUUCCUGUGUCAACUUGAUGCACAGAACUGAGGAGACUGUGCAAGCACAGACACUGAGUAUGGCAAUGGGACUGAUAGCAGCCAUGCUUGGGGGAGCUGUCCAGCUCACUUCAGCAGAUUUUCAUGCCAUGAGACCAAUGUUGCCCAAACUUGAGCAGAUCAGAGCUUUACAUCCUGACCCUGUUAUACAAGAGUUGGCAUCAGACCUGCGCAUUACUGUUGCUACUCAUGGAGCGUUCUCCACCGAAAUGGUUGCCAUGGCUGCACACAGCACCAUGGGCAACCAAAAUAAAAAUGAUGACAAAUCGACAGAGUCCAGCCAACCGAAAGAGACCGGUGCCACUGACAGCCACCGCCAGUCACCCAGUUCAUUCAGGGUGAGUGGGACUGAGCAUGGGAACAAACCCUCCUCUGGCAACUCCCCCAGGAACUUCCACCAGAUUCUUCAGGCAGCCUUUGAUCCCGAGGUACCCACACGAGCAGCUGCUCUAAGGACAGUUACUCAAAUGGUUCAACAGCGCAAUCCUGAUGCCCUUAGCAACCAGGAGAAGGUUCUGUCGGUGUUUCUGGAAAAUCUGAAGCAUGAAGACUCAUUUGUUUAUUUGUCUUCGAUUCAAGGUCUGUCAGCACUGUCGGACGUGUAUCCAGCCCAGAUCCUGCCGCGGCUACUGGACGAAUACCAGACGUCACCACAAGGAGCUGAGAAAACGAGGUGCGUGGAGAUGCGGAUGAAGAUGGGAGAGGUUCUGAUGCGAAGUACAAGAGCAUUGGGUGAGAUAGCUUCACAUUAUCGUGAUCCAUUAUUCCGGGUGUUUUUGAUGGGGACUCGAGAUUCGGAUAGCACAAUGAGGGCCAGUAGCCUGUCAAACCUGGGGGAGCUCUGUCAGUGUCUGGACUUCGCUCUAGGAUCAGUUGUUCAUGAGGUGACUGCAUGUCUUGCUGCCAUUGUGAAGACCGAACAUGAAGCAGAAGUGCGUCGGGCUGCAGUUCAUGUCAUCACCCUCUUACUCCGGGGACUCGGUGAAAAGACACUUCAGGUUCUGGGUGAUGUUCUGCGAGAUCUCUAUCGAUUGUUGAAAUACGUGAUUCAGACUGAUGAUGAUGAGGUGGUGGUGCUACAUGCACAGCUCACACUGGAGGAACUGGACCAUGUUGUCAGGAGAUUUCUGUUCCCAGAGGAAAAGCUGCAGAAAAAAAUUGUGAUCCUUCCUUAAUGGAAGGCCCCAGAACCUCUUCGCUCUGAACUCUGGGAUCAACCAGUUUAAAUGUCCUUCAAAUCCAAAAGUGGCAGCUUUAGGAAUGUGAUGGAACUCCAGCAAUACUGUGCCACAAUUAACCUGGGCCUGUCUGUAACUCAAAUUCAGCCCUACAGAGCUGCACCUACAUUCGGGACGAAAAGUGACAGGGCAGAUGUGAUUAAAUUUGUUCAAUCAUUGUAUGAUCUUUCCAGGGUUCCAUGUAAGUUGAGUUUUCUCAGGGUGACUCUGUGCCUGACAUCCCCAAGCUUCAGUUGAUGAGGGGCAGGAAAGGAGAUUACAUUGCUGCCAUCCUCUCUACUGAAUAAGCUAUUGUUUGCUGGGUUAAUGACCACCUUGAGUUCUUGAGGAGGGUUCAGAUUUUGAGCCCUUGUAGAUCCUAACAGAUUGGGCCAUCAAAUGUGAGGUGAGGUGUUUGGCUCAGUUUUGAAUCCCUGGUCCCAGUGUCUCUGGCGGUGACACAUCUUGCAGGUAAAUGUGGACUGUAAGAAGGGAGAUGACAGCAAUUAAAUCCACAAAUGUACAGAAAUUUGCUCCCCACUGAUAAAUGAUUGUAGACUUGAAACACUAUUUCUCUCUUUGCAGAUGCUGCCUGACUAUUUACAACUGAUUCUGUUUUUAUUGGCUCCACAGCACCUACAUAAACAAACUGCUUACUUAUUCUUUAUCAAA